GUUAUCGGUCAUCGUGCUGUCAUUGUCAUUUGUUGUUGCCGUCAUCGUUUGAUGGUGGUGGUGGGUCUGCGAAAUUUUCCGUUUCGCCCCAUUUUUCCCCAACAUAUUUACCCAAUCUCACGUGAUUUUCCCGUCAUUUUGCAGGAUCAAUGAACAUGUUCAUGUGCACCAAACAAUUUUCGUGAAGCGCAGACUCCAACAACCUACACAGCGACAUCAGAUUCACAUUACGAACAAAUUAAUUUCGAAAAUUGGCCAGCCAGAAAACGAGGAAGAACAGGUUGUACAGUUCCACGAACUGGAAACGUUACAGUUUAUGAAUCAGCUGAAGUUAUAGUUUAUUUGAUAAGAGAUUAUUACGUUGUAAUCGACGCUCAUUGUUUAGGGGGAAGCUGAAUAUAGAACAUAGUGCAUUUCGUUUAGAAGUGGCGUUUUAUGUUGUUUUUGGAUUCUAAAGUGUUCCAAUGGAUGGAGGAGAUGGCAGCAGCCAAAAUGGUCACAAUCAAACACCCCCUGCAAAGAUCACUAAAUUCAGGAAUGUCGUAUCGAUAAACAAUGAUAGUGAUGAGGACAUUAUCAUCACUAGCAAUGAGGCAAAUCUAUCCUCAUCAGUCAGAAGAAGGGUACAGAUAAGCAAUGAGAAAAUUCAGACAGGAUCAUUGAAUAUCUUAUCAGCCAAAUAUGAGAGUUUAGAUUAUGACACAUGUGAGAACUAUUUACUGUUAGAUGAAGAGAGGAAGAAAGGUUACAAGUUCAUUGUACAGAAGAGCAUAGCAAGAUGGUUUGUCUUUCUGUUGAUUGGUAUGCUGACAGCUAUUAUAGCUUGUAUUAUAGAUAUAUCCGUAGAAGAAUUAUCUCGAAUGAAAUACAGAUCUCUUAGUAAAUCUGUGGAUGAAUAUGUAACUCAAGGUAAGUUGUACAUCCCCUAUGGAUUAUGGGUGGCAUAUAAUGUUGUGCCAGUGUUCAUUGGUGCAAUUCUCGUGGCAUAUGUGGAGCCAAUUGCAGCGGGAAGUGGCAUACCACAAGUGAAAUGCUAUCUGAAUGGAGUGAAGAUCCCUAGAGUAGUCAGAAUAAAGACACUAUUUGUCAAAAGUGUUGGAGUUAUCUGUUCUGUAGUUGGAGGCUUGGCCGGCGGAAAAGAAGGCCCAAUGAUCCAUUGUGGAGCAGUAGUGGCAGCUGGAAUGUCUCAGGGAAAAUCCACGACUUUCCGGAAAGAUUUUAAUAUUUUCCGAUAUUUCCGAGAGGAUCAUGAAAAAAGAGACUUUGUUUCUGGCGGUGCGGCUGCUGGUGUAUCUGCAGCUUUUGGAGCACCAGUUGGUGGCGUGUUGUUCAGUUUAGAAGAAGGGACAAGUUUCUGGAACCAGAGCUUAACCUGGCGAACAUUUUUCGCCUCUGUUGUGUCGACGUUUACCCUAAACGUAAUAUUGUCAACAUAUCAUGGUGUACCUGGCAAUCUCAGCUACCCUGGUCUUUUGAAUUUGGGAAAAUUUGAUUCGUUUAAUUAUGAGUUCUUCGAGCUGCCAAUAUUCCUCAUUAUGGGUGCUAUGGGUGGAUUUUUUGGGGCGUUGUGGAACCAUAUUAACUUCAAGAUUACAGUAUUCAGAAUGAGGUAUAUUCGUCCAAGGUGGUUGAAGGUGGUAGAAGCAAUUUUGGUAGCAGCGGUUUCAGCCACAGUGGGAUUCUUGAUGAUGUUUAUUUUAAAUGAUUGCAAACCCCUUGGCCAGGGACCUACCAAGUAUCCAACACAGCUGUACUGUUUGGACGGCCAAUACAACGUUCUGGCCAGCAUCUGGUUUCAAACACCUGAAGCCUCAGUUCGCUCCCUUUUUCACGACCCUCCCAACACUCACGACGCCCUGCCUUUGAUCUCCUUCGUGGUUAUCUACUUCUUCCUGGCAGCAUGGACAUUCGGCAUGUCCACGUCAAAUGGACUCUUCAUCCCGACGCUUCUCACUGGAGCCGCGUGGGGGCGUCUUGUGUCAAUUACGCUUUACUAUAUCUUCCCGAACGUGGCUUUGGUGCAUCCAGGAAAAUACGCGUUGAUAGGAGCAGCCGCACAGUUGGGUGGGGUUGUAAGAAUGACGUUGAGUUUAACUGUGAUAAUCAUGGAAACAACUGGAAAUAUCACCUUUGCUUUGCCUCUUAUCAUUACGCUUAUCGCUGCCAAAUGGACGGGAGAUUUCUUCAAUGAGGGUAUCUACGACACGCUAAUACAAUUGUCAGGUGUUCCUUUCUUACCAUGGGAACCACCGCCGUUGGUGCACAACAUUUACGCUAGCGAAGUGAUGUCGCAUCCCGUUAUAACGCUGAAGUGCGUCGAGAAUGUCGGACACAUCGUUGAACUCCUCAGGUUGACCAGCUACAACGGAUUCCCUGUUGUUGACCCACCUCUGUCGGACCAGUCUGAGGUAACGACGUACGGCAGAAUACGCGGCCUGAUCCUGAGAUCUCAAUUGAUCGUGAUUCUGCAGAAAAAGAUCUUUAACGAAACCUCGGACGAUUGGGACCGAAUCAAAGCUUCGAUAUUCAGGAACGAGUAUCCUAGAUAUCCGAACAUUGACAAUGUUCAAAUCAGCGAGGAAGAGAAGACAUUCUCGGUAGAUCUCAGACCUUUUAUGAAUCCAUCUCCAUACACAGUGCUUCACUCUGCUUCACUCCCGAGAAUGUUCAGGCUUUUCAGAGCCUUGGGACUGAGGCAUUUGCCAAUCGUCAAUGAUAUCAACGAGGUUGUUGGUAUGGUAACAAGAAAAGAUCUGGCGCGUUACAGAGUAUGGAGGUAUAGAGGCAGAAUAGGUGUAGAAGAAUUGCUUAUAUCCAAAGACAUUUAGAAAAGGCAGUAUUUUAUUUAUCAACCUUAGAAUUUACUCAUACUCAAUAUAUGUGUUGUAUACUGUAAUUAACAUAUUUUGCUGUGAAUUUAUUUAUAGUAAGUUAUAAAUGCAGUGUUACAAUCCACAAAUUCAGGAAAAAAGAGAGAUGGUUUAUAUGUUAUGUAUAUUAUAUUAUUUAAUUUUUAAUGGUCUUCUUAUACUUGGAACUGUACAAAAUUUAUCUUUAAAUGUUUAUUUUCCUAAAUAAAACAACGUAUAUACAAAAAU